GAGAGUAGUGGUGUUAGUGGUGGUAGUAACAGUUGUGUUGCUAGUCCGGCUAUCACGGCUCAUUCUGACAUUGAUCCAGUAAAGGGAGAGGAGAAGGCGGCUUUCUCUCUCGUGUAAUAAAAUAAGAACAACGGCAGAUAUUUAACUUUUUACCUCUGCAUCAAACACUUUCAAGUGAUGUUAGCUGUCGUGUGACAUUGUCAAGCGUGGCAAUGUUGCAGAUUGUCAGGACCAGUUUUAAUAGAAGCUCGCUGGAAAGGCAGAUGAGCAACCUCGCUACCUAAAGCGGUUUUCUCCAUACUUUUAUUGGUCUGAACGAUAUUGCAGCAUGCAGAGGUGGACAAUACAUCUUGAAGGUGGUCCCAAACGGGUCAACCAUGCUGCAGUAGCAAUUUGUAACAGUUUCUGGGAGAGAAUCUUUUCUUUUGGUGGUUAUUGUUCCGGAGAAGACUAUGAGACAACACGGCCCAUGGACGUACACGUCCUCGAUGUUGUCUCCUUACGUUGGAAGAGGCUACCUGUUCCGACGCCUGGUGAUAGCCAGUACAAGCAUGUUCCCUACCAACGUUACGGACACACAGCUGUUGCUCUUGGGGACUGUGUUUUCAUUUGGGGUGGCCGCAAUGAUAAAGAUGGAGCAUGUAAUAUCCUUUAUUGUUUUGAUACAAAUAUGUUCACAUGGUCACGUCCAACAGUUCACGGCGUAAAACCUGGUGCCAGAGACGGUCACUCUGCUUGUGUCAUAAAUAAUAAAAUGUACAUAUUUGGAGGUUAUGAAGAGGCGGUUGAUCGAUUUUCCAACCAAGUGCAAGCUUUGGACUUCGCUACAUAUACUUGGCAACAUAUAAAAAUAAAAGGCAUUCCAGCAAUAUGGAGAGAUUUCCACUCAGCUACAGCUAUUGGUAAUAUCAUGUAUGUGUUUGGUGGUCGGAGUGAUGUUUCCGGGGAGACAUUUUCUAAUCGAGAAAUCUACUGUAAUAAAAUCCAGAUGUUCGAUACAGUCACCAACACUUGGACCCAGACUAAAACUAGUGGAGUAGCCCCAAUUGGACGGCGAAGUCAUUCUGCUUUUGUUUACAAAGGUUAUUUAUAUGUAUUUGGUGGUUUCAAUGGAUUUCAUCAUUUGCACUUCCGUGAUAUCUUCAGGUUUGACCCAGUUCACCAUCAUUGGACAAUGGUUAAGGUGAAAGGCAAAGGACCAUGUCCUCGUCGGAGACAAUGUUGCUGUGUGAUUGGCUCUAGAGUAUUUCUGUUUGGUGGCACAAGCCCUACCAAUCCACAAAAUGAAGCUAACGAAGAAAAUGAUAUGGAUCUCUAUGACCAUUCAGAUCUUCACGUUUUGGAUUUUGCUCCAACAUUGAAGAUGUUGUGUGAGUUAGUUGUUUUGGAACAUAAUUUGGAUACAAGUCUGUUACCAUUAGAUAUAAGGUGGGAACUGCGCGUCAUGACAACCAACAAUGUGAUUACAAAGCCAAGCAACUCAACAGGCUAAGAACUCUACUUAGAAAGAAAGAAAGAAAAAAAGAAAGAAAAACCAAACUAGCAGAGGUGGAUUUUCUCUCCAAGCAGUGGACAUUGGAAUUUUGGAAACAGCUGUAAUUGUUUUAUUUGUAUUUUUUAAACUUUUUUUUUUUUAAUGCUGUUGAGGAACUGAUCAAAUCUCUUGCCACAGUGAAGGAAUUUUGGAAGAAGGUAAACAUUCAAAGAAAACCGAAACAAUAUGGUAAAUACUUGGAAUGUACAAAGAAAAAAAGAAUAAAAAAAGAAACAUGGAGUAGGGAAAUGAAGGGAGACGAUGCUGGCUAUUAAGAAAAGACUUGUGAAUUUGAUGGAAGGAAAAAAAAAAAAAAAGUUU